AGUUGACGAAACGCAUAUAACCUUGUGUGUUAACAAAUUUCACCAUGCCACUCUUGUCGAAUUUUCGGACAAUGUAAAAAGGACAAGGUACAACAAUUAAAGUGCGUCUGUCAGUCCCAAAAUGCUGUUCUAAGGCGGCCAUCAAAGUUAACCAACACGCACGCAUCACUUCUUGGGAAAGUACGCUGAAGUUUCUUCCACACAAACUAUAAGAUGGAAAAUUUUUUGUCGGCUCGGAUUAGCAGAGCUCCCCUUAUCACAGGCGUCUAUGAUCGCUUUGUUGUCGAUUUUCUGGAUGCGGAUGCCACGUUUCGCGGGUACGUUUGUGCAGUCGAGAAGGAUCACUGCAUGGUGCGAGUGGGUUCCAUGCAGCAACUACGGCGCAUCCCUAUGGAUAAAUUGCAUUUAGCGGAUUAUAGUGAACGCCGAUGCCUGAACCCUCAAACUACACCGGAGGAGAUUGACGUUCUUAUCAGUGUGGAAGACAAUCAGCCGGAAUCGUGGCAGCCAGCUCGCAUCAUUAGUGGCUCAUCGAUACAUGAUUUCUCGUUGUUAUAUAUAGAAGCGAGCCUGCCGGGUGAUGUAUUCAGGCAGUAUUAUGUUCUUGAUUCUUUUGGUGCCCCUUUCAGACGGAUUCGCCCGCGGGGUAAUCUAGGGGAACCUUUUACGCCACAGUCGUUUAUUUAUCAGGAGGUCGCUCUAUCCGAGAUCAAACAGUAUUGCAACCACUUUGCAGAUACUCUGCACAAAGUACAAGGAAUGCCACGUUUUCGCAGUCGUUUUAUGCAGAAAAAUUGUGGAAUUGCAUUUCUGAGUGCCACGGAUUAUCACAUUGCUGUAUUAGUCCAAGAGGAAUAUAAUCAUACAUUAACAGUUUAUGGAAUUAACAUUGCUAAAGUCAUAGCGUCUACUGUGGAUCAGUUCGUGGGGAAAUUUACCCAGGCAACAGCACAAAUUGCUGACACCGUUCUGAAAGAACUUAUCACCAGAAUCGUUGUUGAUCUAGACUUGCGCGAUCCUCACGAGUUCCAUUUUGAAGAGUUACUAACUGAACUCAGCAUGGAAGUAUUUUCUUUUCUUGAUGUUUAUGACCAAAAUCAACUCCGCAGAACAUGCAAAUCAUUUCAUCGCCGCCUGUCACGCAAAUCACUCCGGCAGUGCGUAAUACUGCCAAACCUACAUAAGCAUGCCAUUGAAACCCUGGGGGUUAGCCCAUCCGGAUCUGACUACCGGAACCUGGCUCACAUUGUCGGGAACACUAUCAGCCAAGAUGCCAAAAUUUUAUAUUUCGCCGAAGACUGGGAAGAAAGUUUGUUCACCCUUGCGCAAGUACUGAUAGCCAUGCACGUGAAACUGAGCUGGCUGGUCAUCGCCAACAACUUCACACUUGCACUCAACGAAUUCUUGCCAUUUCCCAAGCGAUCCCCGAUGUUACUUACAUAUGACUUCAUUACUCUGCAUGGAAAUCAUCUCUGUCCACAUUCGGCACCAAAUUAUACGCAUUAUGCUUCCAUUUGCCGGCAUCUUGUACUAAAGAAUUGCUGCUUCGAUAGCAGGCUGUCGCUAUGCUUCAGGAAAGUACUGUCGUUAGAAAAUGGGUGGUCAGAUCAGGUCAUAGGUCCUGGACGGUGGCAUUUAAGGUGUUGCCAUGAUCCAUUCUUUAUUGUCAUUCCCAGGUGGUGCUACAGGUUUACAGAAACAGUGACAAGCACAUUCGAAGCAUCCUUCCGGUCUGCGCUGGAAGACCACUGCCCAGUACUCGAAGGACCUAAGAUCGAAAAUCUUGUCCUUUGGUUAAAUUCUUUGACAAGCGAAUCAUGUACACCAAGAUGCUGCAUUUGGCCGUAUAUUACAUUGUCUUAUAAACUCUGGGAUGAAAAACCGCCAAAGCACUGUGAUGAGGUCAUAGCCGACAUAUGCCGAAGGUUUUCCCCGAAAAGCUGUAUUAUGCAGACACUGGUCUUGCUACUGCCUUGCAUUAUCGGCGAAUUUUGCUGUGUUGCUGAUGCAGUUGACGACUAAUUUUGCGGGAAUGUAAGGCCAUGGCGCGGAUCUGACCAACUACAGAUCUGUACUGUACCUAGGUGUCUCUUAUUUCAGAUGACAUGCUCAGUUAGCUACUACCAACACUUGAAAGUGUGCUUAAUGAAUUGCAUAAUUGAAGUAUGUGCAUAAUUUCAGCUUCCUGUUUUUGCUGAAAGCAUAAGUUCGUUAACUUUCGAACCCCUCGAGCGUACUGCAGUCUGUGCGGUUCAGUAAAUUUGACACUUUGUAAGGAUUGCAGCU